UAGAAGAAAGUAAGGUGGAGCACCAGCCGCGGUUUUUCAGAAACCGGAUCUCUGGUGGAUGACUGCCGGUCUUCAUUGCAAAUCUCCUUUAUGCUGACAAUGGUAAUCUGGAGCUCUCAAAAUGUUUGCCAAAGCAACAAGGAAUUUUAGAGAAGUUGAUGCUGGAGGUAACCUGAUCACAGUAUCAAACUUGAAUGACUCUGAUAAAUUACAACUUCUAAGUCUGGUGACCAAAAAAAAGAGAUUGUGGUGCUGGCAGAGACCUAAGUACCAGUUUUUAUCUGUCACCCUGGGAGAUUUACUCACAGAAGACCAGUUUCUGAGUCCAGUGGUCGUGGAGUCGGACUUUGUGAAGUACGAGGGCAAGUUUGAAAACCAUGUGAGUGGGACCCUGGAGAGGGCCCUGGGGAAGGUCAAGCUGAACAUUGGUGGCAAAGGCCUCGUGGAGAGGGCAACGUCCUGGGCCCCGACUCAGCCCAUCGGCUCUCGCUGCCACCACUGCCUGGGGGACCUGGUGCCUCCCGGCCUGGAGGCUCCACCCGUCUCCCUUGGGCAGCCAUUUUGUCGCCAGCUGCUUGGAGGGUCUGCUCCCCGGCUGAAGGCUCCCCUGAAAACUGUGGCCAUAUCUUUGGCCAGCCUGGAGAGGGAACUUGAUUUGGCCUUCCUGCCAGUAGGGGAAGGAAAGAAACAUUUUCAGACGGGUACAGUGUGGGUCACUACAGGUGUACAGGCAGCUUUUUACGUGGAGACAGGACCUUUCCAGCUACUUGCCUCUGUUGUGGGGAUGCUUGCUGAAGCCUGGAGAACCUGCGUCUGCCUGCGGGGCGGGGUGACCACCGCUGUUGGGGAUGGUGAUGAGCUUUCAAGAACAAUAAAUCUGAAGAAUCCAGUGCUGCAGCAGGUGCUGGAGAGGAAGAAUGAGGUCCUGUGUGUCCUGACACAGAAGAUGGUGACGACGAGGAAGUGUGUGAUACCCGAGCACGUCCAGAUCGAGGAGAAGUGCGGUGGCACGGUGGGGAUCCAGACCAAGACCGUGCAGGUGUCGGCGACGGAGGAUGGGAACAUCAUCAAGGACAGCAACGUGGUGCUGGACAUCCUGGCUCCCGCCGCCAUCGCCUGCGGCGUCAUCGAGCUGUAUGUGAGAGCAGACGGCCAGUUCGAAUUCUGCCUCCUGCAAGGGAAGCACGGGGGCUUCCAGCAGAAGAGAAGUGACUCUGCCUUGCUGGACCUCCUGCCCUUACGAGAGUUUGCGUUCUGGGACAUGCCACGUGCUGGGCAAGGGCUGCCUGCCUCGGAUGGGCCACUGAGUGUUUUAAAACAAGCCACUCUGUUCUUGGAGAGGAAUUUCCAUCCCUUUGUGGAGCUGCCAGAGCAGCAACAGAGAGCUCUGAACGACGUCCUCCAGGCGGUCCUGUUUGAUGAAGAAUUACUCUUGGUUCUGCAGCAAGUGUGUGAGGACAUAGUCAGCAGCCUGUCACCCUCAUUGGCGGUGCUGGGGAAGCUGAAGCUUUCACAGCAGCAGGACCUCAUGGCCUUCCUGCGGCUAGUGGGGUACAGUGUGCAGGGCGAGUGUCCAGGCCCAGAGGAUGUGGUCCACAACCAGAAACUCCUUUCUACGGCCUACUUCUUGGUCAGUGCGCUAGCAGAAAUGCCAGAUAACGCAGCAGUUCUGCUGGGCGCUUGUUAUAAGCUCCAGAUUAUUCCUACACUGUGCUACCUGCUAGCUCCGUGCUCUGAUGAUGGUGUGUCUGAUCUUGAAGAGCCAGUCUUGGCUCCACUGAAAGAUACAGAAAGGUUUGGGAUCGUGCAGCAUCUGUUUGCCUCAUCUGACAUUAACCUGGAGAGACUGCAACCUUCUGUGAAAGCUGCCACCCGGAAGGACCCUAACAACGUUUUCCCACUGAUUCUUUAUAUAAGCCUGAAUGGACUCUGUGGUUUGGGCAGAGCACAGUAACAGUGUCAUAUGUGGAUUACAGGUACACCUUGUUUUAUUGCACUUUGCAGAUAGUGCUUUUUUUUUUUAACAAAUUGAAGGUCUGUGACAACCCUGAGUUGAGCAAGUCUGUCGGUGCCAUUUUUUCCAACAGCAUUUGCUCACUGUGUCUCCGUGUCACAUUUUGGUAAUUCUC